AAGGCCUUAUAUAUUUUAUAAACUCAAACUUUUCUCUCUUAAGUCACAUGUCACUUCCUAUAUUGACUUGCUUCAUCUUCAUGGUGUUAUCUAGUAAAAGCCAAUAUAGGCGGGACCGGAGUUUAUGGUUUUAUGACCCUGAUCAUGACUCUAUAACACACUGACACACUCGCACACACUCUCAACUAUAGGCUGGUGUGUUUGGUUGGGUAUUGUGUGUGGAUUUGAUCAUGUCGACUGGGAUCCAGCUUUUGGGCUUCCUGAUGUGUUUGGGGGGCUGGUUGCUCUCCCUCAUGUCGUUGUUGAAUGAUUCGUGGCGUUCGUCGACGUUUGCGGAUCAGCUGAUCACGUCUGUGUGGUACGAUCAGAACCUGUGGCAGUCGUGCGCCGAGGGCAGCACUGGAGUCAGAAACUGCAAGCAGUUCGAGUCUAUGCUCUCUCUAUCUGGAUACAUCCAGGCCUGUCGAGCUCUGAUGAUAAUCGCACUGGUUCUGGGUUUGCUGUCGGUGGUUCUGGCCACGAUGGGCUUGAAGUGCACUAAACUGGGCAGCACGUCUGAGGAGUCCAAGGGCAAAAUCAGCCUCACAUCUGGAGUGAUGUUCAUCCUGUCAGGUUUGUGUGUUAUGGUAGCGGUGUCGUGGUACGCCGCUCGAGUCGUUCAGGAGUUUAAUGAUCCUUUCUACGGAGGCACGAAGUAUGAGCUGGGUGUGGGUCUGUAUCUGGGAUGGGCCGCUGGAUCUCUGGCUAUAUUGGGUGGAGGAAUCCUGUGUACGUCAUUUAAGAGUUCGGCACCCGAACAAACACGUUAUAACUACAGCGGUUCGCAGCCGCAGAAGAUCUACAGAUCAGCGCCGUCUGAAAACACCCUCUCCAAAGCUUAUGUCUGAGGCCAUUCUUCUUCCUUUACAAGGACAUGCUUUUUUAGGAUUGCAUCUUAAAACUCAGCCUUAUGCAACUCCCCCGACGUUCUUGAAAGUGGUAUUGCCUUCAUAGUCAGUCAUGCACUUAUAGAGUUUAGGAUCAGAUUAUUGUGCAUUGACUUGAUCAGAAACACAAUAGAAGAGUAACAUUGUGAAAUAUUAGUACAGUUUGACUGCAUGACUCAUCAGUGUCUUCUUAGAUUUCAUCAUAAUUUUGUAUCAGAAUAUAAUUAUUUAGUCAGCAAAAUAUCAAUUAGACUGUAUUUUAAUAUGAAACACCCACUUUACAUCCUAAAUCAAUUCCCUGCUGUACAUUUUUUUUGUUUUUUUAAUUUAAUCUCAUAUUUCAUGUUAAAUUUAAUACUCUUAUGUCAUGUGAAUUGUCAUGCGUAUGUGGAUCAUUUUAGUUUGCUAUAUAAAUGUUACAUCGUCUGUUCUGAUGUUUUGAAAAGUUGUGUUGUUAUAUGUGUGUUUCAUGUGAAUAAAACAGUUCUGUGAAUUUUGCAAUUGUGCAAACAGUUUUUUAUUUAAUGUUUUGCUGUUAUCAGUGUAUGUUUUUAGAUCGGUACGAAAAACAAAUGUUAAAAAAAAAAGUUGUACUUUGUCCCUGCAACUGAAAUGUACUCCUUUCUGAUUGACAAUAAAGUUUAAUAAAACACUA